AUGAAAGCCAUUCAGAUCAAGGAGUUCAACGCACCCUAUACCAUCUCCGAUGUUGACAAGCCAAAACCCAAACCCCAUCAGCUACUCAUCCAGAUCAAGGCGGGCGGGUUUUGUCACACUGAUUGCAUGGCCCUUGAAAAUUCAUUUGGUUCGGAAUUACCGUUCUUUAAGUCACAUAAGUCAGCUGGUGUUGUUGCGGAAGUCGGAUCUGAGGUUCAAGGGUUUGCGGAGGGUGAUCGAGUCGGAUGCCUCAACUUUGACAGCUGUUGCGGGAAAUGUCCCGACUGUAAGGCCAGUACGCCGAUCUACUGCGAUAAUCCACUGAUGAAAGGGAUCACGACGGAUGGGGCAUGGGCGGAAUACAUGGCAGCCGACGCUCGAUUUACUGUGAAACUCCCAGACUCACUUGACUUCCCUACUGCAGCUUGCAUGAUGUGUGCCGGCAUCACCGUCUAUGGAGGCAUCAAGAAAGCUCAAGUCCCAUAUGGCGGCUCGAUUGGUAUUGUCGGCAUUGGCGGUCUUGGCCCUAUCGGCACGCAAGUUGCCGAAGCAAUGGGAUAUCAAGUGGCUGCGAUUGAUGUGAAGCAAGAUGCCCUAGACCUUGUCGCAUCUUACGCUCUGAAGCCCGACAUCUGUAUCCUAUCGACCGACACAGCUGAAACUUCUAUGGAGAAGAUCACCAACGUUAUAAAAGGCGACUACCCUAGUCUUGACGCCACGAUAAUCGCAACUGAUGCCCCCGCCGCGUUUGAUUUCGCAGCCAAGUUGACGCGCAAGCAUGGAACUAUCGUUCUUCUGGGUCAGCCUGACAAGGGCAUUACCUUAUCUUAUCAAAAUGCCAUCUUUCAUGAUAUCAAACUAAUUGGCUCUCUUGUCGCGGAAACCGAUGAAACUGAGGAGCUCUUGGAACUAGUCGUGGAGCACAACAUCCAAGUCAAGAUCAAGGAAUGGAAGCUUGAAGAUGCUGAGAAGAUGAGACAAGAAUAUUUGACUGGAAAAGUCGCUAUGGCAGCAAAACUACGCUCGAAACGAUGCCAGGAACAAACCUCCGUAAAGCAAUGGCUUAUCGAUAACCAACUGGGCAUAUGCCUCGGUAUUCUGACCCCUCUGCUCAUCGCGCAAUGCAACAGUCUUACACGUCUCCUCACCGCCAAGCUCACGUCGCUCUCGUACCGAGACGAAUUCACGGGGGAAUACGGCGUCGGGUUCGAUGACAAUUACCUCGUGGCCGUUCUGAUCGUGGUGUUGACGGGUCUGCGGGAUGCUACGAUGCGCUUCGUUCUGGACCCGGUGGCGGCCGCCUGGGGACUAGGGAGGGCUAGAUCCAUGCGGUUCAAGGAACAGGCUUGGAUGGUGAUUUACUAUGCUACUUGCUGGUCUGUUGGCAUGUGCAUCUAUGCGUCUUCGUCGUAUUGGAUGGAUCUUCAGGCUAUGUGGACGAAUUGGCCGAAUCGCGAAAUAUCCGGCCUUAUGAAGAUUUACAUGCUCGCGCAAUUGGCUUUCUGGCUUCAGCAGAUGAUUGUCAUUAAUAUCGAGAAGCGUCGCAAGGAUCAUUGGCAGAUGCUCUCUCACCAUGUCGUCACAAUUGCUCUGGUGUACUGCUCGUAUCGAUAUGGCCUCACCCGCGUCGGCAACGUUGUCCUCAUCCUCAUGGACUUUAACGACUUGAUUUUCUCGACCGCGAAGUGCCUGAAGUACAUGAAGCUGCAGUCUUUGUGCGAUUUCAUGUUCGGCGCAUUCGUUGUCAGCUGGGUGCUGUGCCGCCAUGUUGCGUUCCCGAUGGUAUGCUGGUCUGUUUACGCGCAUAGUCUAGCCAUCGCCGGGCCGAAGUGCUUCGCUGGCUCAGGAAAUAACAUCAUUGGUCCUUCAGCGGUUCCGGCACAUGGCUAUUUCUAUCUGUUUGAGCCUUUGAUCUACACCAAUGGGAGAGUAUGCUACGACUACACUAUCAAGACACUAUUCGUGAGCGGGCUUCUGUUCCUGGAAGCACUUAUGCUUGUAUGGUUUGUCAUGAUCGUCAAACUGGUCGUUCGAGUGCUUCGUGGUGGAAAUGCAGAAGAUACGCGCAGCGAUAAUGAAGAAGAGGAGGAGGAGGAGGAACUGCCGAUCAAGGCUGGGGUUGAUGCCGAGAAACUCCAAUUUCCGAAAAAAUAUCCUUCCGGAGGGAGAGGCACGUCUUCCGUUUUUCAGUCACCGAGAGUAACGAGUAUUUCAAAAGAUAGAAAAGGCUAUUUGGAUAGAAUCGGGUGCGAACAGAGGAUAUCACGAUAA